AUGGCUACCCUGGAUCUUUCUGCCAUUCGCAGUCGGAUCGGAGAAUUGCGAGUGACAUCCGAUGGGUUGAUUGCUUUGAUUGGGACUUGUAUCAGUGUCGCUGCCUUGACCUAUUUGCUCUCGACUAUUCAAGGCGCCGUCACGGUUCACAACAAACGCCAUGGAAGCCGACCCCCAAAACUUCCGUAUGCCAUUCCACUGCUUGGCCAUCUUCCAGAGUUCCUCAAGAACACUAUGGAAUUUUUGGCUAGGGCUACAGCUAAAUAUGGGCCGUCCACUCCAGUCCGGAUACAGCUUCUUAACCGGCGCAUGAGCCUGCUCAAGGGCGCUGAGUCCAUCACUGCCCUUUUUAGAAACUCAAGGGACUUGAGCAGCGAGCACUGGCUCGUGCAGGUCUUGGUCAAUGCCUUCGGUGUGGAGGUUGCUGAUGCACCCUUCUAUCUGGCUGACGACACCGGGAUUGCCAAUCAGCCUGAUCCCAGGAGUAAGAUGACCAACCCGGAAUAUCGCAUCUUUCAUUUGGUCUUCAAGUCAGUCCACAGUGGCUUGAGCGGAGCGAGCCUUGAGGAGAUGGAGAGCCAGCUUGUGCGAAAUCUGUCCUCUCAGAUCAAUGAAGCCGACAUUCAAUCCGACUCAUGGACUACAAUAUUUGACCUGUACGGCUCAUUGAUUCGCACUAUUGCUUUCAGAGCAGCUGUCGUUUCACUCUGCGGGCCAAAGGUUUUCGAAUGCAUCCCGACCUUCGAUGCCGAUUUCUGGACAUUCGACAGCGCACUCCCGGAUUUGUUUAAGGAAAUGCCACGAUGGCUGGCACCGGCAUCGUAUGCGGCUAGGGAUAAGAUGAAGGAACAUCUUCAAAAGUGGCAGUCCUUUGCUCACGAGCAUUAUGAUGUCAGCCAGGGCAAACUGGACAAGAGGGAAUGGGAAGAAUUUUUCGGAUCUAGGUUGAUGAGGACGAGACAUGAAUUCUUCCAGAAGAUGCCCUUGAGCAAGGAGACCAUCGCCGCGGAUGAUCUUGGAUUGGUGUGGGCUGCGACCGCAAAUACCGUUCCUGCGAUUGGCUGGAUGCUCCUGGAAGUUCUCCAGCGUCCGGACCUUCUACGGAGAGUUCGUGAAGAGAUUGCUCCGUACAUCUCCUUGGACCCGUCCGACCCAAGCCGGAUGAUCGUCGAUAUCCCCAACCUUUGCAGCCGCCCCCUCCUGCAAUCUUUAUACGCCGAGGUCUUGCGUCUCCGCUCUGGCACCGUCAUCAAUCGAGUCCCGACGUCUAGCGAUUUUCACAUUGGCGGCUGGCAUUUCAAGAAAGAUGAACAGAUCAUCAUAUCCACCUACGAUACCGCGCGCGACCAAUAUGUCUGGAAUCAAGGCACCGUUGACGACCCACACCCUGUGAAUGAAUUUUGGCCAGACCGUUUCAUUCUCUACCCGGAUAAUCCCAACAGCGGUCCUGUUCUACCGACCAUUGCACAGCAACAGCCAAAGAAGAUGCAACAUCCACCAAUCUCGGAACCUACUUUCUCCCUCGAUGGCACGGCUGGAUCUUGGAUCCCCUACGGUGGUGGCACGCGAAUGUGUCCCGGGCGCCACUUCGCGAAAAAGGAGAUGAUUGUAACCCUGGCAAUGUUUCUGACGGAAUUCGACAUUGAGCUAUUAAUUGAUGCGGAUUGUGAAAUCAAGCCGGAUUUGAAGUAUUUCAUGUUUGGCGUGAUGCAUCCACAAGGGAAAAUACCCGCUCGGAUUCGGAGAAGGCGUUUCAAUUGA